AUGGAGUUCUUUGAUGAUAAAUACGCAUCUAUUGCUGAGACUGUUGCUGUUGCUGCCUCCGCAGCCGUCGUCGCUGCAGGAGUUGGUCUUGGUUGGGUUUUUCAGUAUCGAAACUUAGACAAUAUGAAGUCCUUGAAUUUUGAUGGAGUUCAAGACCAGAUCAUAGCCAUGAGGUGGUUUUCUGAUGUUCAGGGAUGCUUUUCACCUACUCUUUCCCAGCUGAACAGAAGGGUUGAUAUUAACAAGUUUUUCAAAAGACAGUUAGAUGUUGGAGACAACAAUUGUGAAGAAACUUCAAAAAAAAUAGGACUAAUGAAACAAACGGAACUUGAGCAAAGUAAUUAUGAAAUUCGAUUACAUGCUACAAUCCGUAGUUGUAGAUUUUUAUUAAAAAAUGCAUUACCAUUUCGUGGACACGAUGAGACGGAAAAGUCUAAUAAUAAAGUACUUUUCAUUGAAGUCUUAUCUUUGAUUAGAGAAGAUAAUGAGAUGAUUUUUAAUGUUACUUUAGAAAAUGCUACAAAAAAUGAAAAAUUGACUUCUCCGACAAUUCAAAAAGAUAUUGUCAAUUGUUUUUCAAAAGAGAUAAUCAAGUUUAUUUGUGAUGAAAUUGGUAAAGAUGUGUUCGGUAUAUUAGUUGAUGAGUCUAGUGAUGUUUACAAAAAAGAACAAAUGGCUAUAGUUUUAAGAUAUGUUGAUAGACUUGGGAUUGUAAAGGAAAGAUUUAUCGGAGUUGUUCACGUGUUAGAUACAUCCUCUUUGACUCUUAAAGCUGCCAUUGAUACUGUUUUUUCCAACAACAAUUUGACUAUCGAUCAGGUGAGGGGGCAAGGUUAUGAUGAAGCAAGUAAUAUGAGUGGUGCAUUUAACGGUUUGAAAUCUUUGAUUUUAAAUGAAAAUAGUUCCGCACAUUAUAUACAUUGUUUUGCACACCAACUUCAAUUAGUAGUUGUGGCGGUUGCAAAGAAACAUGAUGAUGUUGAAGAAUUCUUUGAACAACUAGGUUUGGUGGUUACUCUCAUUUGUGGGUCUUAUAAGAGAAAAGAUAUGAUACGAGAGAUGCAAAAAGAAAGAGUGGCAGCUGAAAUUGGUAUUGGUGAAACCGAAACAGGAAGAGGGUUGAAUCAAGAGAUUUCUCUUGUUCGAGCUGGAGAUACUAGAUGUGGUUCACAUUUUAGAACAAUUGUAAGUUUGUUGAAUUUGUUUGCAGAAGUUGUUACGGUUCUUAAAUAUGUCAAAGAGGAGGGGUCUACUUUAUCUAACCGUAAUCAAGCAAAGGGUCAAAAUAUUUUGGAAGCGACUUCGUUAGUAAAAGGGACAAAGAAAGCAUUGCUUGUUUUUCGAAAAGAUGGGUUUCCACAAAUUUGGAAGAAAGUAUGUGCUUUUAGUGAAAAACAUAGUAUUAGAAUUGUGGACAUGUCAGAAUAUUAUGUUACCCCACGAAAGCGUAGGACCAAUAAGACUAAUCAACAUCAUUUUGAAGUUGUGAUUUUUAACACGAUUUUGGAUAUGCAAAUUCAAGAAUUUGGGGAAAGAUUUAGUGAAGUUGGCACGGAGCUGAUGGAGAACAUGACGGCUUUGAGUCCUUGUGACUCAUUUUUUGGUUUUGAUAAAGCAAAGUUGUUAAAGUUAAGCGAGAUAUACAAAAACGAUUUUGACGAUUCAGAAAGGGUGCAACUUGAUAUCUAUUAUCACUCUUUGCUCCAUGAUGAAAGAUUUUUCAACUUGAAGAGAAUUGCAGACCUCUCUCGUUUGUUGGUGGAAACUGGAAAGCACCCCUCUUUUCCUUUGGUUUAUAGAUUAUUAAAACUAACUUUGGUUUUGCCCGUCGCAACCGCAACCAUUGAACGGUGUUUUUCUGCGAUGAAGUUCUUGAAGACCGAUUUGCGUAAUAGAAUAGGUGAUGAUUUUAUGAAUGAUGAUUUGAUUUGUAGUGUAGAAAAAGAAGCACUAGAGAAUGUUAAGACUGAAAAUGUAAUUAAUCGCUUUCGUAAAAUGAAAGAACAAAGAGGUGAACUUUAA